CAUUCUCAUAUCAUCAAAGUUUCAUUCAUAGAGACUGUUGCAUGUAGUCUGUUGAGGAGACAGUAAAUGUAGGACUGCAUAUCUCUUGCUUGUUCUACAGCCAGGGUAGCUGGAGGGAAUCGACUAAUCUCAUAAGAGGCUAAAGCUGCUUGAGAACCAGGGGCAAGGGAUGUAGACUAGCUAGGGGACUAAUUUAUUGUAGUAGGCUUGCUUGACGUUUUAUUGCAGUGAAAAAGUUAACAUGCGCUCCGUUUCAAAUGUGCCAGGCCUUUUUGGAAUGACUUUCGAGGCAGAUCCGAAAGGUCAUAGCAACACCAAUGGAGGCUGAAGAUGGCAGACAUUUGUUGGAGUUGAUAUUUCAGAUCUGAAUACCAGGUUAGGAUGCAUCUGGAGAGUAGAAGAUAAAGGGACAACAAUGCUACUUUUGGAGGUGUGCUGCUGCCUGAUUGGCUGGAUUUCACUCUACUUUGCAUUCUGUUACCUGAAUGGCCAGCGGGGUAAGGAGUGGAACUGCAGGCUGGUGACACUGACACAUGGGAUCCUCAUAGUAUGUCUUACUGCAUACAUUAGCUUCAUCGAUGGGCCCUGGCCUUUAACACAUGCAGGUACAGAGAACACACCGCUCCAGAUCCUGGCCCUGGUGGUUAGUCUGGGCUACUUCCUAUUUGACUUUGGCUGGUGCAUCUGCGUCCGUACCGAGGGCCCUGUCAUGCUGGCCCACCACACCAUGAGCAUCGCAGGCAUCCUGUUGGCGCUGGGCCUGGGCAAGUCGGCAGUGGAGACAUGUGCCGUGAUUUUCGGCAGCGAGAUCACCAACCCCUUGCUGCAGGCCCGCUGGUUCCUCCGGCAGGUGGGCCGCUACGACAGCCUGUGGGGGGACGCGGUGGACCUGCUCUUUAUCCUGCUCUUUGCCCUGGUGCGUGUAGGCGUGGGUGGCAUGAUGCUCUACUGUGAGCUCACCUCUCCCCGGCCCAGCCUCAUCAUGAAAGGAGGGGGCCUGGCCAUGUACACACUGGCCUGGGUCUUCAUGGUGGACAUUGCCAAGUUUGCCUGCAAGAAAAGCAGGACAAAGUACAAGAGGUGGCAUGAGAUGUGCAAGUUGGUAGAGGUGAAUGGACAUACAGGGAAGACUGAGUGAAGAGUGAGGUGAGGUGGAGGUAUAUAAUCUGAGACACAUUGGGCGACCGUCACCUGCAGUCCCGACAUUGUGUUCCAGGGAUCACCUGCUGGGUGGUUGUGAGCGGUGGGCAUCUAACCAGGUUCAAUAUGUAAAAUCUGGGAUGGAGGUCUGAGAUUGGCUCAGGGGUGUGAAACUAUCAGAUCCUUAUGGCUCUUUCCCCACACGUAAACAGAAGUGAAAUGCAAAUAAGCUGCUGUAGCCUGGGCAGUGUGUUCCAAUGCAUAUUUAACUACAAAAUGUUUUUCAAAUAUUUUGGCAGUCAGUAGCAGUCUCCCUGGUGUAUAUCAGCUUUUACCCUUGGUGGCUGAAUUACAGUACAAGUUGGAUGCUGCUCUGCGAUAUUGCGUCUGUCCAUUUACUGAUGGUGAACUGAUGAGUUUGAUGUCUGAUGAACAAUUGAUCAACAUUUGUACAAAUGCUGCUCUACCUCAUUUUGACUUUAAUUGUGGAACUCCCUCACAGGGAGUGUUUGACAUCAGUGUUUGAUGUCGGUGGCACUGAAGAGGUUUGAAUACAAACUCUAGCACACAUCUUUUAUUGUAAUCUCAUAGGAAUGCUAAAAGAAGGGAAAAUCUAGUCUACCUCAGUGAAGUUAGUUAAUACCUUGUCAAUGUGUUUUAGUUUUGACAAAUUAGAUAUUGCACAUUUCAAACUAUUUCUAAUUUAAACUGACAAACAAAUCAUGCUAUUAUCAGACUUGGUAUUCAAUAUGGUGUAAUGGACCAUGUUGUUGUGCUUGAACUAGAUUUUUGUGUGUGCAGCUUAAAGUUAAAAAGUUGAUCCUUGCAUCACAGUUUACAUGGAAUGUUACUGAUUGUUCAAUAACCUUGAUCAGUAACCAAAACUAAGCUGUACUUCGAUCAUAUGCUGGUCUGGUCAAUAUUGUACAAUAUUUAAAAUGUGACUGCCGAGGCAAGUCUCACUAAUAUACUGCUAUUGCAACUAUUUUUAAAUUGGUGCUGCAAUACAUUAUAUGUCCUCUGGGUGACAGUAUACGCUAAUGUUAUGUUUCCAAGAGCAUCAUGAGAUAGUGUGCCCCCAAGAUUGAAAUUGCACUGAGGGAAAUUCCUCUACAUUACAGUAGGCCCCUACCUAUCAGUGUCACAUGAUGCAAGUGAAGUGGUCAAGUGUUCACUCCUUGAAAACUGUUAUUGUUUGUCUGCAGUAACAUUGUCUAUAUUAAACACAAUGAUUUAGGGA